GUCGUAUGAAGUGCCGACAUGUUCCGGACAAUGACCUCCAAUAUGCCUCCUCUUUACAUUUAAAUAAGUUUCUUGACAAGUCUACCAUUAAUCAUUGUGUUGGUGUCUUGUCAAUCCAGUAUCAUGGUCUCUUUUAAUCAAGAAACAUGGUUGCUGGUCUCUUCUAAUCCAGAAAUAAGUGGAGCUCUGUAGAAGAAUUAAUGGGUACAAGCGCAAUGGGACUUCUCACAGUUAUAGCAGUGUCUAGCAGCGUGGCACUCUUGCUUCUGAGGUACCACAAGAUAAAGUUUGAGUCUCAUGGCCUUCAACCUCCUUCUCCAGUGCGUUCAUGUAUUGCUGCUUCAGAUAUUGCUUCCCUUCCAAAACCAGCUGCACGUAACAAUAAAUCCAGUCGUCGAAGCUGUAAGCUUCAACAGAUCCUCUGGCCCGAUGCAACAAAAUCGAUUGGAAUCCUUGUGGGGUGUGAUCUUGAGAAAAGAAAGAAUUCAAUAAUGGUGGGAAAAAGCACAGGAAUAGGAUUGCUGACGGCUGCAAUAGUGAUUGUGAUUAUAGGCCGCCAAAUGCUCAUUAAACCCACAAACCAUAAUUCAGCCACGCGCUCAUGUCUUUCUUCAGAAAAAAGGAAUAAGACGAAGAAGAAGGUCCAUUUCGCUGCAGACAUGGUGGAGCCUCGGGACUGUAAUCGGGAAUACCGUGGACGACGGAUUCCGGGCAAGAUGGAUUCAGAGACCACCCGGAAUACUUGCCCUUCAAGAAAUCAGUCAACUGAGAAAACAGAGCACAAGAUUCCGGCCAACAGAGUUGCUCUGUACAAUGGAAUUCUCAGCUAUCGUCUGCAGCAAGCAUCUUUGUACCACUGAGAAUUAUGUGGGUUUUAGAAACGCCCCCCUUGUAUUUAGAUCUUAUAGCAGAAAAAAUAGAUCAGAACCUUGAGAUUGUGCAAAAGUAAUCCAGGUUUUGUAACCCAUCACAAGUAGAUUGAUGAUUUUGUUAUUCAUACUGCUGAUUUUCUCAAGUUAACCAUACAUACUGUUAAUUGGGGUAU